AUGGAGGGGAAGAAGAUCGUAGUGGUCGGCGCCGGUCCUGUGGGCUCAUUGGCAGCACUGUAUGCCUCGCAGCGAGGUGCCGAAGUGGAAGUCUAUGAACUUCGUGAUGAUCUACGAAACGAGGAGACCACGCCUCUCAACUUCACAAAGUCCAUCAACCUAGCUCUAUCCGAGCGAGGCAUCAAUGCUCUUCGCUCGGCCGGUAAUCCAGAGCUUCUGCAAGCUAUUUUGUUGCAGACAAUCCCGAUGUAUGGGCGCAUGAUCCAUACACGCACAUCAACCGGAGCACUUUCAAAACAGUCUCAACUCUACGAUGUACACGGCCGAUUCCAGCGUUCCGUGGACCGAGGUGGUCUCAAUCGAGUCCUCCUCGACCACCUCGAUUCUUUGCCCAAUGUCAAACUUUUCUUCCAACACAAGAUGACUGGCGCAGAUUUCCGCAAGAAAAAGGCCUGGUUUGAGAUCAAGGACCCGACCGAUUCAGUCUACGACAGACCAAGAGAAGUCGAGGUGGACUUCGAUCUUCUCAUUGGCGCUGAUGGGGCUCAUUCGUCUACACGAUACCACAUGAUGAAAUAUGCUCGCACGGAUUACCAUCAAGAGUACAUCGACUGCCUAUGGAGCGAGUUCACAAUGCCGCCCAAUGAGUCCGGGGACUUUGCCAUCUCGCCUAAUCACCUUCAUAUCUGGCCUGCCGGGAGUUUCAUGUUCAUUGCUCUUCCCAACCUUGACAAGUCUUUUGUCUGUACAUUCUUUGGGCCUGUUGAGCUGUUUCAAAGACUAGAGAACGGCUCAGAUGACGACUUCAUCUCCACCUUUGACGAGUACUUCCCUGGCGUCACUACCUAUAUUCAGCCUGAGGACCUGGUGUCUCAAUUCAAGCGCAACCCACACUUGCCGCUCAUCAAUAUCAAAUGCUCGCCACACCACUACGGCGACAGCGUUGUCAUCGUGGGCGAUGCCGCCAAUGCCAUGGUUCCCUUCUAUGGUCAGGGCAUGAACGCUGGCUUGGAGUCUGUCCGAGUACUGUUCUCCAAGCUCGAUGAGAAUUCAGACAUUGCAGAAGCGCUUGCAGGUUACACCACGGAACGUACGACCGACGCACACACGAUAGCCGAACUUGCCCUUGGGAACUACACCGAGAUGCGAUCGUCUGUGACCUCCCCAUUGUACAAAUGGCGCAAGUACAUUGAGGAGACUCUAGACAAGUACUUCCCGAGCCUCGGAUGGGCCACCCAGUAUUCCAGAGUCAGCUUCAGCAACAUGAGGUAUAGCGAUGUGGUCCAGUAUUCGAAGAGACAGAAACGUAUCCUAACGACCUUCUUCCUGUCACUGGCAGCAAUCGCCGUGGCAGGUCCGAGCGUUGCACUGUGGUUCUAUCUGUACAGAUACAACCGGCAGAGACGCUUCAAGCUCUCAUGGUCUCCGAAAUCACUUACCGCCUUCCUCAACUCGACUUGA